UUACACAAAUAAGAUCCGUGGAGAAAUAAGAUCCGUGGAGAAAAGAGCAGUCUUGAAAACUGAAAGCAAGUGACGAAAGAGUAACAUUGAUGACAAGGGCCUUAUGGGAGAAUCAAACAAUCUUGUUUCUUAGGGUUUAUAGCGCGGUGUUACUUCACUGAAACAACGUUGCGUGCAUUGUGUUCUCGAUUGAUGAGGAGUCUGGGAAGUAUUCGGAGCUAUGCAAAGCAUCUUCGCUUAGAUGGGGUGAAGGAUACUAUAGCCAUUGCCUCUGGCAAAGGUGGUGUGGGAAAGUCAACUACUGCUGUUAAUUUGGCAGUUGCACUUGCGAGAAAGUGUCAGCUCAAGGUUGGUUUGCUUGAUGUCGAUGUGUACGGACCCAGCAUUCCCACAAUGAUGAACAUCAAUACAAAGCCUGAAGUCACUCAUGAGAAGAAAAUGAUUCCAAUUGAAAAUUAUGGGGUCAAAUGUAUGUCAAUAGGGUUCCUUGUGGAUAAGGAUGCCCCGAUUGUUUGGAGAGGUCCCAUGGUGUCAAAUGCCCUUGAGAAAAUGACAAGGGGAGUUGACUGGGGUAACCUUGACAUUCUAGUAAUGGAUAUGCCUCCAGGCACUGGUGAUGUCCAGAUAGCUAUGUCUCAAAAUCUGCAAUUAUCAGGUGCACUCAUUGUUUCAACACCCCAAGAUGUUGCAUUAAUGGAUGCCAGGAGGGGAGUAAAAAUGUUCAAUAAAGUUGAUGUUCCGAUUUUGGGAAUUGUGGAAAACAUGAGCUGCUUUAAGUGUCCCCAUUGUGGCGAACCUUCAUACAUAUUUGGUAAAGGAGGGGCUCACGGGACAGCCUCCGAAAUGGGAUUAGAAUUUUUAGGCGAGAUACCACUAGAAGUGAAUGUCAGAGAAGCUUGUGAUCAGGGGCACCCUAUAGUGUUAGCUGCACCUGAUUCAGUAGUUUCGAGAGCGUAUGGCGAGUUAGCUGAAAAACUUGCUCAGAAACUCAAGGAACAACAGUUCCAACCAGAGAUAAUACUGUGAAAUGCGUUUAUUCCAAAAACAUCGAACUAAUUGCCCUCAUGCUUUUAAUCCGGGUUUUGACUUCGGCCGCAGAUUAUAUUUAGAACUGUUGGAGAAUUAUAGCAUAGCUAGAGAAUCAUUUUGUCAAAGAGAAUGCACCGAGAAUCUGCAAUUCUUGACCAAGCAUUUGUGGUAGUUUCUACGCAAGGUAUGCCGAAAGCUUCUGAACAUCUCACGAGGUGUGACUAUGGAGAAUGUACUGAUGAAUGUUGAAAAGAACGUAAGGUAUUUUUUGGGUUCAAAUCUGUGGUGGAUUCGAUAUGCAUCUUUUACAACUACCCCUCAUAGCGGUCACCUCUAUUUAUAAUAAGCUUAGUUUAAAUGAUAAUGCAUAGUCAUUUGACUAGGAUUCUUUUGGCAGUAUCUAUGUUUAAGUUGAACAUUUGCCACGACACUGGUCAACCAACCAAUUGAAAGCAAACUGAAUACAUAGCUUUCAACUUCUUCAUAAGGUUGGAAGAGUGGAAACGAUAUUUUUUUUCUUAAAAAAGGAAAGAUAAAAGGGUAGUUGUUUUCACCUCUGCUAUUGUGCU